UCCCUCUCGACUUGAGCUGAUUGACAGUCCCACUUCCAUUCAACUUUAAAAACUUGCACUCCCCUGUACUACAACUCGUCUCGAUCAUGUCUACAGAACGAUCCCAGUCCAGAGGUCGCCCCUCCUACGUUUCAACGGGACGAGGUGGAGCUGGUAACAUGACCCCCGAGUCCUCACUUCCUCGCGAACUGCGAAGCGAACCAUCUGGAAGAGAGUUAUCUCCAGUUUCUCGCCCCGGUGAUAUAACCCACAUCGGAAGAGGCGGACGUGGGAACAUUCGUUCGCCUUCUCGUGAUAACGAUACGGUCAAUCGUCAAAUAGUGAAGGAUGCAGCGCUUGCUCACGACUAUGACGCGGCUCGAGAAGGUGUUCAGUCUACGGGCAGAGGUGGCUAUGGAAACAUGGUUUCCCCCGCUCGACCGUCAGACGAAGCGUCUUUAACCGAUCAAGUCAGAGGUCGUCCCCAGGAGAUCCGGUCUCUUGGAUUGGUGAGCGAGAACGCUGGAAAUUAAAAUCGAAGCGAAGCCAGGUUGGACUCUCCACCCAUCAAGUUGUUUCACUCCCCCCCC